AAAAAAAAAAAAAAAAAAAAAAAAAAAAAAAAAAAAAAAAAAAAAAAAAAAAAAAAAAAAAAAAGGUUAGGUUAGGUUAGGUUAGGUUAGGUUAGGUUAGGUUAGGUUAGGUUAGGUUAGGUUAGGUUAGGUUAGGUUAGGUUAGGUUAGGUUGGGGUGCUGGGUCGGAAAACCUCCAAGAGUGCCCUGGCUCAUUGUACGGUCACUUGUCCUGGUGCGGAUACGUCCGGCGGGAACGGUGGCUGACAAUGGCUGGGGCCUGGUGCAUCCUGGGCAACGGCGGUAAGUGACUUCUCGCUAUUUAGAGAUCUCACUUACCGACGGCUAAUAUUCCGACAGAGGUGGUGUGCGGCGAGCCCAAGUUUGGGUUCGUUGUGUUUUCAUUGCGGGGGCGGGUUCUGUCCCGUGGCUCCUCGUAGUAGGAGUGGUCGGCGGGCCCGGCGGGUGCUUUGCUGCGCAGCCGGGCUGGCUUCUGUGCCACCGCUGAAAAACCGUAAUCCCUCACGAAGGCGUGGUCAUGUCUUACACCUGAGUGAGGGGACGGGGGCCUUGGCUUAACCGCCCGGGCCGCGAGGAGUAAACCUCUAUAAAAAUCCGUUUGUACCAAGUUCCGGUGCCCGGCGAGGGGCAGCUCAUUCUGCGGAUCGCGCCGUGGGGCGCAAAUUCCUGUGUUCGACGUCGUGCUUCGUGGAAUGGGUGGUCGGUAACGUCAUAUCGGCCGUUAGGGCACCAACCGCUGGGCACCUGCCGCACCCAGUGUGUAUUAGGCCGCACAUGGAAGCAGGGGGCGACCCCAUGUGUGACUUCAUCCCCCAUACUCGUGGGAAUCAAAUGGAAUCAUUGAAUAUAAAAAACUCUUUUGACGUUUUGGAGUCCGAGAAGGACGGCGUGAUGUUGGAGCCCGUGAAGGGCGGAGCGACGUUGGAGCCCGGGAAGGGCGGUGUGGUGACGGAGCCCGGGAAGGGCGGAGAGAAAGAGAUGGUGAGAUUGAAGGAGUGCGCGGUGGUGUUGACUCGAAGCCCGAGUGUUGCACUCAACAGAACCGCAAGCGAGGAAAGGAUGGAUGUUCUGGAUUCAUCGGAUACGGGUAGCUUGAUGACUGUUGCGUCGCUACCCAUGGAGGAGACCAAGUCCACUGAGGGGGAGUUGAGCUCCAAAUUUUUCAGGGGCCGACUCCGGGCGGGGUCAAAAAGACGAUGUUUGCGGACGAGCUCGGAUUCCGACUCUGGCUCGGAAGUAAUGCAGGGGUCAUCGCCUUCCUCCAUUUCGAAAGGAGCGCGCAGAGGACGUGGUCGGCCACCAACAACCGGCCAAUAUGUCGGGCUCGCCAAAGCUCAGGAAUACCUGAACAAGGUCAAGAGGGAAGAGCUUGAGCUGCGGGCUAUGGAAGAAGUUUCGGACCUGGCACGCCGGGUUCUUCCGCGCAGAGGCGCGCAGGCAGCGUUGCCCGCUGCGGAAGAGGCGAAAACAACCCAUGAGCUGUCCAAAGUGAUUGAUGACGCCAUGGAAGUGGUCGCCCAAAUUGCUGCCAGGUCUAAAAACCUGAAGGGUGGCUAUGUUCGCGACCUGAAGAACGUGGUCGCAACAGUCAGGUCGGCGACUGUGAACAUAGCCAAGUGUACCUCUUCUGAGGACAACAUAAAGCUGAUCGAGGAGAAUGCGCGGCUGCGUGCGGAGCUGAAUGACGUCCGCAAGGAGCUCCAAGAAGUACGCGCCGAAGUGCGUUCUAUAAGUGAGAGGCCGGCUGCGCUGCCCGUCAACUCCCCUCAAUUACUGGGGAACCAGGACGUCCUAGACCAGCUGAUGCUGAUGAUUAGGAAUGCCAUCGAUGAAAAAAUUGAUGGCAUCAGGGACCGGCUGCUACCGGAAAAGCGGCGUAUCCCGCUUGCCGCGGACCUGAGGGCGGCACAAGCGGGAGCAUCUGCGGCAACGCAGCCAAUUGGUGGGUCGGUCCCUCAGCCUCCAACCGUGGCGGAUGCCUCAAAGACUAAGAAGAAAAAGGCGAGGAAGGGAAGGGCAAGUGAGGUCGAGGACUUAGGGUCCCAGGCGCCAGACGCCGCUCCGCGAGCGCAGCCCCAGCCGGUGGUGGCGAACACUAACGAAGAGGGGUGGACCACCGUCGUCAAACGGGGAGCCAAGAAACGGCAAACACAGGCGGGCGCGCCAAAAAAGGCGACGCAGAGCGUGAAGAAGCCGGCGCCGUCCAAACUGCGUCCUCCUCGUUCGGCGGCGGUGGUUGUCGCCAUAAACGAAGAGGCACAGAGAAAUGGCGUUAACUACGCCCAGGUUUUGAGGGAAGCAAAGUCCCAAAUAAGUCUUCCCUCCCUGGGCAUUGAGUCUAUUAGAUGCAGAACCGCUGCAACCGGCGCCAGAGUCAUCGAAAUCUCUGGCGCCACGAGCGGGGAUAAGGCUGACGCUCUUGCCUCAAAACUCCGGGAGGUGCUCCCCGAGAGUGCGGUCCAGGUGUCCCGACCCGAAAAGACGGCCGAGAUGCGCAUUUCGGGCCUGGACGACUCGGUGACCCGGGAGGAGCUCACCGCUGCUGUCGCUCGGGCCGGUGAAUGCCGAGAGGAGGGCAUUAAAGUCGGCGAAAUCCGUCGCAACGCUUCCGGCCUGGGCACUUGUUGGGUCCGCGGCCCGGUCAUGGCCAUCAAGAAGAUAACUUCGGCGGGUAGAAUCCUCGUGGGAUGGGUCUCGGCGCGAUGCGAGUUGCUGCAGCAAAGACCGCUGAGGUGCUAUAAGUGUCUGCAAGGUGGACAUGUGAGGGCACAGUGUCCGCAGGAAGAGGACCGCAGCGGCCUUUGCUAUAGGUGCGGUAAAGAGGGGCACAGGGCGGCGACAUGUUCUGCCAAACCCAAGUGUGUGGUUUGUGCCUCUCUAGGACGUCCGGCGGAGCACUUCGUGGGUGCCAAAAACUGCGCACCGACCAGCCGAAAACAGAAGAAAGGAGCCGCGAAAGCGGCCGCCCAGCCCAGUGGCCGGGGUGCGGGGGAGGCAAUGGACACCGCCGCUUAA